UUGCUCUCGGAAAAGGCGCGCAGGAACAAGGCGGGCAAAAAAAAACAGACGCUAUUGGGUAUAACGGCGUAAUCGCGAUCAUUAUGCCAAAAAAAAAAAGCCAGCAACCUUUUUAUUUGAAUUGUGUCACUUUCUGCUUAAGCCGUCUUGUCUCUGUACUCCUUUUCUUUCUAAGCACAGAGUACGAGAGUAGUCAAGUGAAGCGCGCGUGUAUCCUAUGUGUGUGUGUGUGUGUUUCAGGAAGCGUAAAGACCAUGUUUGUCCCUAUGAUGGUCAAGACAGGCAUAGUUCAUUUGUUGGCAUGGCGACGUGUGCCUGAUUGAUCGCUGUAUGAAAAACUAAACACAGGAACCCGAAUGGUCCGGUAUACACUAGAUUAGAUUGGUAUCAAACAAGAAAACGACUUGUCGGUGUUAUUAUAGUUUGUAUGACUUGAAG